AUGAAGCUGAAUAUCAUUAUCAGCACCUUUCUCCUUUCAUCUUCCACUCUAGCACAGAGCCUGUCGGGCCUACCCACCUGCGCUGCAACGUGCGCUCUUAAUGCGGUCGGAGCGACGGGGUGCGCCGCAACUGAUGCCAGUUGUAUUUGCAUGGCUGCUAGCUUUCUUGCUUCCAUUCAAACCUGUAUAUCAUCUGCUUGUAAUGCAAGUGAUCAGGCAGCUACUCUUUCAUUCGCCCAGCAAUUUUGCGCAUCCGCGGGCGUCACCAUCACUUUACCGGCUGCCGCCUUACCAGCACAGACUUCGAGCACAAGCUCGGCGCUCCAAGCAACCCCCCAGCAGUCGGUGACUGAAGCUCCAGCGGCCAUUCCUACUACGCUGGUUACAACUACAGACUCGGCUGGAAACGUCUAUACCGUCACCGGCGAAGUCCUUAUAUCUGGAAACAGCACGACUACCGUCCCAUGCCGAACCGUCAUAACGACCAACGCCGCAGGAGUGACAAUCACUAGUACCGAGACAGGCUCAUCCGUCUUGCCGACAGCACUACAAGGUACAACGCCAGCGUCCACGGCCAAAUCUUCAACAACAGCCAUUGUAACUGGGGCAGCUCAGAUGCUAAAUUGGUCUCGUGCGGCCUUUUUAUCCAUCGGGCUAUCAGGGAUCUCUAUAGUCUUGGUCCUGCUGUUCUAG